AUGACGAUUGGCGAAUGCUCAAGAUACAGCGACGAUCAUGUCUACUCGCAGAAGAGGCUCAUCAAGGUUCUUUUGAAGGCACUUGGAUCUGCCACAUAUGCACCUGCAAGCAAUGCCAGAUCCCUCAAUUCCCAUGACAGCUCCUUACCUUCUACUUUGUCACUGAUAUAUAAGAACGCAAAUAAAUUUGGAGGUGACAUUUAUUACUCAGCCGUGACUGUUAUGAGUGAGAUUAUUCACAAAGACCCAACUUGCUUUCCUGUUUUGCAUGAAAUGGGUCUUCCAGAUGCAUUUUUAUCCUCAGUGAUAGCUGGGAUUCUUCCUGCCUCAAAGGCUCUUACCUGCAUUCCAAAUGGUCUUGGUGCCAUUUGCCUUAAUGCCGAAGGCUUAGAGGCUGUCAAAGAAACUUCUGCUUUACGGUUUCUUGUUGAUAUCUUCACCAGCAAAAAAUAUGUUUUAGCAAUGAAUGAAGCCAUUGUUCCUUUGGCAAAUGCUGUGGAAGAGCUUUUGCGCCAUGUAUCUUCAUUGAGAAGCACUGGUGUUGAUUUAAUUAUUGAGAUUAUUGAUAAAAUUGCUUCCUUUGCGGACAAUAACUGCUCAUCAUCAGGGAAAGUUGGCAGUACUGAGAUGGAAAUGGAUUCUGAGGACAAGGAAAAUGAAGGGCAUUGCUGUUUGGCUAGUGGCAUUGAUUUGGGUGCAGAAGGAAUCAGUAAUGAGCAGUUCAUUCAGCUAAGUAUAUUUCAUUUGAUGGUUCUGCUUCACAGAACAAUGGAAAAUGCAGAAACAUGUCGGUUAUUUGUGGAGAAGCUGGGAAUAGAAAUUUUGCUGAGGCUUCUAUUACGCCCUAGCAUUGUCCAAUCAUCAGAAGGGAUGUCUAUUGCUUUGCAUAGCACUAUGGUUUUCAAGGGUUUUACCCAACACCACUCUGCACCUCUAGCACAUGCAUUCUGUGUCUCCCUUAGGGACCAUUUAAAGAAAGCUUUGACUGGAUUUGACAUGGAGUUCCUUCUAUUUCUUGCUGCCUCAAAAGAGAACCGCUGGGUAACUGCACUGCUAACAGAAUUUGGAAAUGGUAGUAAAGAUGUUCUGGAGGAUAUUGGACGGGUGCAGCGAGAAGUUCUUUGGCAGAUUGCUUUGCUUGAAGAUGCCAAGCCUGAGAUGGAGGAUGAUGGUACUAGUUCUGCUGCUGAGUCGCAAGAGUCUGAACCGGGCACAAAUGAAACUGAAGAGCAACGAAUUAACUCCUUCAGGCAGUUUCUUGAUCCAUUAUUGAGGAGAAGGACAUCUGGAUGGAGUUUUGAAUCCCAGUUUUUUGACCUUAUAAACCUGUACCGUGAUCUUGGUCGUGCUAGUACUGGAUUUCAACAAAGACUAGGUACUGAUAGUUCUUCAAACCGGUUUGGAUCUGCUCAACAGCCACAUCGUACUGAGUCUUCAGACACCGCUGGGGCUAUCAGUAGGAAGGAAUAUGACAAGCAGAGAUCUUACUAUAAUUCUUGCUGUGACAUGGUGAGAUCACUUUCUUUUCACAUUACUCAUCUGUUUCAAGAGUUGGGAAAGGCAAUGCUGCUUCCUUCUCGUAGGCGGGAAGAUACUGUGAAUGUUUCCCCAUCUUCCAAAGUAGUGGCCUCUACUUUGGCUUCCAUUUCAUUGGAUCACAUGAAUUUUGGUGGUCAUGUAAGCUCUUCUGGAUCUGAGGUAUCUGUUUCAACCAAGUGUCGCUACUUUGGCAAGGUUAUUGAUUUCAUUGAUGGCAUACUAUUGGACAGACCAGAUUCCUGUAAUCCAAUACUGUUAAAUUGCUUCUAUGGACAUGGAGUUGUUCAAUCUGUUUUGACCACAUUUGAAGCUACUAGUCAAUUGCUCUUCACUGUCAACAGGACCCCUGCAUCCCCUAUGGAGAUGGAUGAUGUGAAUAUAAAACAUGAUGAUAAAGAAGAUGCGGAUCAUUCAUGGAUUUAUGGUCCCUUAGCUAGCUAUGGUAAACUUAUGGACCACCUGGUGACAUCGUCGUUGAUUUUGUCUCCCUUUACAAAGAAUUUGCUUGCACAUCCUCUGACAAAUGGAGGUAUACCUUUUCCACGGGAUGCUGAAACUUUUGUUAAGGUGCUCCAGUCUAUGGUGCUGAAGGCAGUGCUACCUGUUUGGACUCACCCACAGUUUGCUGAUUGCAGUAAUGAUUUCAUUGGUACUGUUAUUUCUGUCAUAAGGCAUGUUUAUUCAGGGGUUGAAGUGAAAAAUGCAAACAUUAGCACUGGUGCCCGUGUCACUGGUCCUCCUCCGAAUGAAACAACUAUUUCAACCAUUGUUGAGAUGGGUUUUUCCAGGUCUAGGGCAGAAGAAGCACUGAGGCAAGUUGGAUCAAAUAGUGUGGAAUUGGCAAUGGACUGGUUAUUCUCCCAUCCUGAGGAGACUCCAGAAGAUGAUGAACUUGCCCGUGCACUUGCCAUGUCUUUGGGGAACUCAGAAUCAGAUGCAAAGGAAGAUGCUGCAAAUGCCAAUAGUCAGCUGCUUGAAGAAGAGAUGGUCCAACUUCCUCCAGUUGAGGAGUUGUUAUCAACAUGCACAAAGCUUCUGCAAGUGAAAGAGCCUCUAGCUUUUCCAGUACGGGACCUCCUCCUGUUGAUAUGCUCACAGAAUGAUGGUCAAUACAGGUCUAAUGUCAUCUCCUUUAUUCUUGAUCAAGUGAAGGAAAGCAGUCUAAUUUCCGAUAGCAGAAAUAAUACCAUGAUGUAUGCUCUCUUUCAUGUUCUUGCCUUGAUUCUUCAUGAAGAUGCGGUAUCACGUGAAGUUGCCUUAAAGAAUGGUCUGGUUAAAAUUGCAUCAGAUUUACUUUCACAUUGGGAUUCUGGUCCAACUGGCAAAGAGAAAAACCAGGUUCCAAAGUGGGUAACAACAGCUUUUCUUGCUGUGGAUCGGCUACUGCAGGUGGAUCAGAAAUUGACUUCUGAAAUUGUGGAGCAGUUGAAGAGGGGUGAUGUAAGCAAUCAGCAAAUCUCAAUCAGUAUUGACGAGGAUAAGCAAAACAGAUUGCAAUCUGAACAAGGAUCACCUACAAAGCACAUAAAUUUAGAUGAGCAGAAGAGACUAAUUCAGAUUGCUUGCAGUUGUAUCAGGAACCAGCUUCCAUCUGAAACAAUGCAUGCUGUUCUGCAGCUAUGUUCUACUCUCACGAGAACUCAUUCUGUAGCUGUUUGUUUUCUGGAAGCUGAGGGUGUAAGUUUGCUUCUUUCCUUGCCAACAAGUAGCCUCUUUUCUGGAUUUGAUAAUAUUGCUGCUACUAUCAUCCGUCAUGUCCUUGAAGAUCCUCAAACGCUCCAGCAAGCAAUGGAAGCUGAGAUAAGGCAUAACCUUGUUACUGCUGCUAACAGACAUUCAAAUGGAAGGGUCACUCCACGCAAUUUUCUUCUAAAUUUAAGUUCCGUCAUCUCUCGGGAUCCAACAAUUUUUAUGCAGGCUGCACAAUCUGUUUGCCAAGUUGAGAUGGUAGGUGACAGGCCUUACAUUUUGUUGCUGAAAGAUCGUGAGAAAGAAAAAUCCAAAGAGAAAGAAAAGGAGAAGGAGAAAGCAGUGGAAAGAGAGAAACCCCAUGCUGGUGAUGGGAAGGUUUCUUUGGGCAGUACAAACACAUCAUCACCUGGGAAUGCACAUGGAAAACUUCAUGAUGUGAAUUCCAAGAGUUCCAAAGCUCAUCGGAAAUCUCCUCAGAGCUUUAUACAUGUCAUUGAGCUUCUUUUGGAUUCUAUCAGCAGUUUUGUUCCUCCCUUGAAAGAUGACGUAGCGACUGAUGUGCUUCAUGAUGUGCCAUUAUCAACAGAUAUGGAUAUUGAUGCUGCUUCAAUUAAAGGUAAAGGAAAAGCAUUAGCCACUGUUUCUGAAGAGAAUGGAGCCAGUAGCCAAGAAGCAUCUGCAUUGCUUGCAAAGGUUGUAUUUAUCCUGAAGCUUUUGACUGAGAUUGUGCUAAUGUAUCCUUCAUCUGUUCAUGUGCUACUUAGAAGGGAUUCUGAACUUAGUAGUUGUCGGGGUCCUAAUCUUCUGAAGGGUUCAGCUGGUUUGUGCACUAGAGGUAUAUUUCACCAUAUUCUUCACAAGUUCAUUCCGAGUUCUCGAAAUAUGAAGAAGGAAAGGAAAAUAGAUGGUGACUGGAGGCAUAAACUAGCUAUUCGGGCUAACCAGUUUUUGGUAGCAUCUAGCGCUCGUUCGGCUGAGGCAAGGAAGAGGGUCUUCACUGAGAUCAGUGACAUUUUCUGUGACUUCGUUGAUUCAUGUGCUGGCUUUCGGCCUCCUACCAAUGAUAUGCAGACAUAUAUUGAUCUGAUAAAUGAUGUACUUGCUGCUCGUACACCAACUGGCUCAUACAUCUCCCCAGAAGCUUCUGCCACUUUUAUAGAUGUUGGAUUGGUUAGGUCUUUGACUCGAACGCUUGAAGUGUUGGAUCUGGAUCAUACUGACUCCCCAAAAAUUGUAACCGGGCUUAUCAAAGCCCUGGAGUUGGUAACCAAAGAACAUGUCAAUUCUGCUGAUUCUAGCGCCGGGAAGGGUGAGAAUUCAACAAAACCUUCUACACAGAGUCAAUCUGUCAGAACGGAGAAUAUUGUUGAGAUAUCCCAGUCAACUGAAAUGGGAUCUCAAUCCAACCAUGACUCUAUGUCAGCUGACCAUGCUGAAUCAUUUAACGCCAUCCAAAACUAUGGUCGAUCUGAGGCUGUUACAGAUGACAUGGAGCAUGACCAGGAUCUUGAUGGAGGUUUUGCUCCUGCUACUGAGGAUGAGUAUAUGCAAGAAACUUCUGAGGAUAUGCGGAGUCUUGAAAAUGGCAUGGAUACCGUUGGGAUAAGAUUUGAAAUCCAGCCUCACGGGCAAGAAACUCUGGAUGAAGAUGAAGAUGAAGAUGAAGAUGAUGAGAUGUCUGGGGAUGAUGGGGAUGAAGUAGAUGAUGACGAUGAUGAAGAUGAUGAAGAGCAUAAUGAUUUGGAAGAAGAUGAAGUCCAUCACUUGCCACAUCCUGACACGGAUCAAGAUGAUCAUGAUAUUGAUGAUGAUGAGUUUGAUGAGGAAGUGCUGGAGGAAGAUGAUGAAGAUGAGGAGGAAGAUGACGGUGGAGUUAUUCUCCGGCUGGAGGAGGGCAUCAACGGGAUAAAUGUUUUUGACCACAUUGAGGUUUUUGGUAGAGACCAUCCCUUUGCUAAUGAUACCCUCCAUGUGAUGCCAGUUGAAGUUUUUGGUUCUAGACGUCAAGGGCGAACUACAUCAAUCUACAAUCUACUCGGUAGAAGUGGUGAUAGUGCUGCCCCCUCACGCCAUCCCCUGUUAAUUGGACCUUCAUCAUCAAAUUCAGCCCUUCCCAGACAAACAGAAAAUGCCCGUGAUAUGGUUUUUACAGAUAGGAACUUGGAGAGCACCUCAUUACAGUUGGAUACUAUUUUCCGCUCGUUGCGUAAUGGGCGUCAUGCUAACCGUUUGAACUUGUGGAUGGAUGACAAUCAGCAAAGUGGUGGAUCUAAUGCGUCUGUACCUGCAGGCCUUGAGGAGUUGCUUGUCUCUCAUUUGAGACGGCCGACCACAGAGAAACUCUCUGAUCCGAACACAUCAAUAGUGGAGCCUAAACAUAAUGGUGAGAACAUUCAGUUACAGGAACCAGAAGCAGGCACACAUCCUCUUAUCCAAGUUGAAAACAAUGCAAACCAUGAGGGCAGCACUGCACCACCUACCACCUCCGUAGGAGUUGAUGGAUCUGGCAAUGUUGAGAUAAGACCAGCAGCAAGGGAUUCUCAUACACAGUCUGUCGAAAUGCAGUUAGAACAGAAUGAUGCUGCUGUCCGCGAUGUUGAAGCAGUGAGCCAAGCAAGCAGUGAAAGUGGGGCAACUUUAGGGGAAAGCCUUCGGAGCCUUGAUGUUGAAAUUGGAAGUGCCGAUGGUCAUGAUGAUGGUGGAGAAAGGCAAGGUUCAGCAGAUAGAAUGCCUUUGGAUCCACAGUCAACUCGGAUAAGAAGAACUAAUGUGUCUUUUGGAAAUUCUACUCCUGCAACUGGGAGAGACGCAUCUCUUCAUAGUGUGACUGAGGUUUCAGAAAACUCUAGCAGGGAAGCAGAUCAAGAUGGUCCAGCUGUGGAGCAGCAGAUUGGUGGUGAUGCUGGUUCUGGAUCAAUUGACCCUGCAUUCUUGGAUGCCCUUCCUGAGGAAUUGCGGGCUGAAGUCCUCUCUGCUCAACAGGGUCAAGGGUCGCAGCCUUCAAAUGCUGAACCACAAAACACAGGAGAUAUUGAUCCAGAGUUCCUUGCAGCCCUUCCCCCAGACAUCCGAGCAGAGGUUUUAGCUCAACAGCAAGCCCAAAGACUUCAUCAAUCACAUGAACUGGAAGGUCAACCUGUUGAAAUGGACACAGUCUCAAUCAUUGCAACAUUCCCCUCAGAUUUGCGUGAAGAGGUUCUGUUAACAUCAUCUGAUGCUAUUCUUGCCAAUCUCACACCUGCCCUUGUUGCGGAGGCUAACAUGUUGCGUGAAAGAUUUGCUCACCGUUAUAGCAAUCGUAAUCUCUUUGGUAUGUACCCUAGAAGUCGUAGGGGUGAGAAUUCUCGACGGGGUGAAGGUAUUGGAUACAGCCUGGAGAGAGCUGGGAUUGCCUCACGCAGGUCUAUGACUGCUAAGCUUGUUGAAGCUGAUGGAGCUCCUUUAGUUGAAACAGAGUCUCUCCAAGCAAUGAUUCGGGUGCUUCGCAUAGUUCAGCCACUGUAUAAAGGUCCAUUGCAGAGGCUUCUCUUGAAUUUAUGUGCUCAUGGUGAAACCAGAACUACUUUGGUAAAAAUCCUUAUGGGUAUGCUGAUGGUUGAUAAAAGAAAGCCUGCCAAUUAUUCAAAUCUUGCUGAACCAAUGUAUCGACUCUAUGCUUGCCAGAGCAAUGUGAUGUAUUCUCGUCCGCAGUCUUUUGAUGGAGUUCCACCCUUGCUUUCCCGGCGUAUCCUUGAGAUGUUGACUUACUUGGCUCGAAACCAUCCCUAUGUGGCCAAAAUUUUGCUUCUGUUUAGACUGCCUCUCCCUGCACUAGGGGAGCCAGAGAAUACUGAGCAAGCACGUGGCAAAGCGGUGUUGAUUGAAAGGGAAGACGAUAGAAAGCAGCAUGAGGAAGGAUGCAUACCCAUCGCCUUGCUUUUGAGCCUCUUGAAUCAACCUCUUUAUUUGAGGAGCAUAGCACAUCUCGAACAGCUACUUAAUUUAUUGGAGGUUAUCAUUGACAAUGCUGAAAACAAGACAAGUCUAUCUGAUAAAUCCGAGGCUGCCACUGAACAGCCAUCUGUCCCUCAAAAUUCUAGUUCAGAUGCUGAAAUGAAUACUGAAGUUGGUGCUGCCAAUCCAGGGAUUGCUGGUUCAUCAUCCUCCAAACCCACUUCUUCUGAUGCAAAUAGUGAAUCCGAUGCUCAAAACAUACUGCUUAACCUUCCACAAGCAGAACUUCGCCUUCUAUGCUCAUUGCUAGCACGGGAAGGUUUGUCAGAUAAUGCUUAUGCUCUUGUGGCGGAGGUAAUGAAGAAGUUGGUUGCGAUUGCCCCAACUCACUGUCAUUUAUUUAUUACUGAGCUAGCAGAUGCUGUUCAAACUUUGACUAAAUCUGCCAUGGAUGAGUUACGUGUGUUCGGUGAAGCUGUGAAGGCACUUCUCAGUACCACAUCUUCUGAUGGAGCUGCAAUUUUAAGGGUUCUGCAGGCAUUAAGCUCUCUUGUUGCUUCAUUAGUUGAGAAAGAGAAGGAUCAGCAGAUUCCUCCAGAGAAGGAGUAUAUGGCUGCUCUCUCUCUGGUAUGUGACAUCAAUGGAGCUUUAGAGCCUUUGUGGUCAGAGCUGAGCACCUGCAUAAGCAAAAUAGAGAUCUAUUCAGAUUCCGCUCCUGACUUGCUACUGAGAGCUUCUACAUCUAAGACAUCUGGUGUAAUGCCUCCACUUCCUGCAGGAUCACAGAACAUCUUACCAUACAUAGAGUCCUUCUUUGUGAUGUGUGAGAAGUUGCAUCCCUCACAGCCAGGUUCCAGCCAUGACUAUAGCAUUACAGUUUCUGAGGUUGAAGAUGCAAGCACACCUACCACCCAGCAGAAAACCUCUGUCCCUGGUUUGAAAGUUGAUGAGAAACACAUUGCUUUUGUCAAGUUCUCAGAGAAACACAGGAAGCUUCUUAAUGCUUUCAUCCGUCAAAAUCCCGGGUUGCUUGAGAAGUCGUUCUCACUCAUGCUGAGGGUUCCACGCUUUGUUGAUUUUGACAAUAAGCGUGCCCACUUCAGAUCAAAAAUAAAACACCAGCAUGAUCAUCAUCAUAGUCCUUUGAGAAUUUCUGUGAGAAGAGCUUACAUUCUUGAAGAUUCAUAUAAUCAACUUCGCAUGCGAUCAACCCACGAUUUGAAAGGGAGGCUAACUGUUCAUUUUCAAGGAGAGGAAGGUAUUGAUGCCGGUGGACUGACGAGGGAAUGGUAUCAGUUGUUGUCCAGAGUUAUCUUUGACAAAGGAGCACUACUUUUUACAACAGUGGGCAAUGAAUCAACGUUUCAGCCUAACCCAAAUUCAGUUUAUCAAACAGAACAUCUAUCAUACUUCAAAUUUGUUGGGAGAGUUGUUGGGAAAGCACUUUUUGAUGGGCAACUUUUGGAUGUCCAUUUUACUCGAUCUUUCUACAAGCAUAUUUUAGGAGCUAAAGUGACAUAUCAUGACAUUGAAGCUAUUGAUCCUGAUUACUUUAAGAACCUGAAGUGGAUGCUUGAGAAUGAUAUAAGCGAUGUUUUGGAUCUCACUUUCAGCAUUGAUGCUGAUGAGGAGAAGCUUAUACUGUAUGAAAAAAACGAGGUAACGGACUAUGAACUGACUCCUGGUGGGCGUAACAUGAAAGUCACUGAGGAGAAUAAGCAUCAGUAUGUUGAUUUAGUUGCUGAGCAUCGUUUGACUACCGCUAUUCGUCCUCAAAUAAAUGCCUUCUUGGAAGGAUUCAAUGAAUUAAUUGCUAGGGAAUUAAUUUCAAUUUUUAAUGACAAGGAGUUGGAAUUAUUGAUAAGUGGACUUCCAGAUAUUGAUUUGGAUGACAUGAGGGCCAACACUGAGUACUCUGGAUACAGUCCUGCAUCUCCUGUCAUACAAUGGUUCUGGGAGGUGGCUCAAGGAUUCAGCAAGGAGGAUAAGGCCCGGCUUCUGCAGUUUGUGACAGGCACAUCAAAGGUACCAUUGGAAGGCUUUAGUGCCCUUCAAGGAAUCUCAGGUUCACAGAAGUUCCAGAUACACAAGGCAUAUGGGAGCCCUGAUCAUUUGCCUUCUGCUCAUACUUGUUUUAAUCAAUUGGAUUUACCGGAAUAUCCUUCAAAACAACAUUUGGAGGAGAGGUUGCUACUUGCCAUUCAUGAAGCCAAUGAAGGGUUUGGAUUCGGUUAA